AUGAUGAAUUAUCUUAUAGAGAAGAUUGGAGAUUUGUACAGUGUUUUGGCUUUAUCUAAAGAUGUUGAUGAAGUAGUCUAUCCUGUUCUGAUUAAAAUGUUAAAACGAGAGAAAAUUUAAGACUGCUUAGAAUAUCUCUCAGAAGGUCUAAAUCUAAGGCAAGUCGAAUAAGAAAAAUAAAAAGGAGAAAAUUAAUAACUAUUUAAUAAUAACUUUAUGGUCAACGUUGGAAAGAAUAACAUUCUGAGAAUAGCAGAAGCUCUUAAAAAUCUUAAGGAUCAUGAAUUUAAUUAACGAAAUUACUCAAUAGAUGAAUGUGAUGAAAUUAAGAAAAAUCUGAUCAUAAAAAUAUCAUGGGAUUUGAGGAUUAUAGAAUUCCUAAAAUUUUUAACUCAUCUUACUGCCUUAGAUGAGAGAUACAUAUAGUGUGGAUCAAAUUCUCUUCAUUUACUAAUUUUAAUGAAAGUUGAUUUGAAGGAAUCAAGUUUUGAGAAUAUUAGAAUAAGAAAUACUUCCUUAAUAGGUGCUAACUUGGUAAGAUGUGACUUAAGCGGAUCUGAGUUUCAUAAUGUCAUUAUCAGUGGUAUAAAUUUGAAUUAAGCCAAAUUAUUUAAUUGUAAGUGGAGGGGUUUAACUAUAAAUGAGGGAAUUAAAUUGAAUGGUCAUAGCAGCAGAGUCAAUAAAGUUUGUUUUUCCCUAGAUGGUAAAUCAUUAGCUUCUUGCAGUGACGAUUAAUCAAUUUGCUUGUGGGAUGUGAAAACAGGGAAAAUAAAGUCAAUAUUUAGAAGAAAGGGGAUGGUAAAUUCAGUAUGUUUCUCAUCUAAUAAUAAUACAUUAGCUUUCAGCAGUUAAAAGUAUGUGCAUUUAUAGAAUAUUAAAACAAAAAAAUAAAUAGCAAAAUUAGAUGCUCAUUCAGGUGAUGUUUAUUCAGUAAGUUUCUCUCAUGAUGGUACUAUAUUAGCAUCUGGUAGUGAAGAUAACUCUAUCCGUUUUUGGGAUGUUAAGACAGGAUAAUAAAAAGCCAAAUUAGAAGGACAUACAAGUUGGGUUUAUUCAAUAUGUUUCUCUCCACAUUGUACUACAUUAGCAUCUAGUAGCUCAGAUAAAUCUAUUCGUUUAUGGGAUGUUAAUUCAGGAAAAUAAAAAAUCAAAUUAGAUUGUCAUUAAAGUUUUUUAUAUUCAAUCUGUUUCUCCCCUGAUGGCACAACAUUAGCAUCUGGUGGUUCAGACAAUUCCAUCCGUUUUUGGGAUGUUAAAACAGGAUAAUAAAAUGCCAAAUUAGAUGGUCAUUCAAGUUUUGUUAAUUCAAUUUGUUACUCUCCUGAUGGUUCUACAUUAGUAUCAGGUAGUUAGGAUAAUUCCAUCCGUUUAUGGGAUGUUAAGACAGGAUAAUAAAAGGGCAAAUUCGAUGGUCAUUCAAAUUAUGUAUUGUCAGUCUGUUUUUCUCCUGAUGGUGCUGCAUUGGCAUCUAGUAGUUAUGAUAAAUCUAUCCGUUUAUGGGAUGUCAAGACAGGAUAAGAAAAAUCGAAAUUAGAAGGUCAUACAAAUUGUGUUUAUUAAAUAUGUUUCUCUCCUAAUGGUACUACAUUAGCAUCUGGUAGUUAAGACCUUUCAAUCCGUUUAUGGGAUGUUAAGACAGGAUAAUAAAAAGCCAAAUUAGAUGGUCAUAGUGAACGAAUUUGGUCAGUCUGUUUCUCUCCUGAUGGUACAACAUUAGCAUCUGGUAGUGAUGAUAAGUCUAUCUGUUUAUGGGAUGCUAAGACAGGAUAAGAAAAAUUCAAAUUAGAAGGUCAUACGAAUUGUGUAUAUGCAAUAUGUUUCUCUCCUAAUGGUACUACAUUAGCAUCUGGUAGCUAAGACCUUUCAAUCCGUUUAUGGGAUGUUAAGACAGGAUAAUAAUCAACCAAAUUAGAUGGUCAUAGUGAACGAAUUUAGUCAGUCUGUUUUUCUCCUGAUGGUACUACAUUAGCAUCUGGUAGUUAUGAUAAAUCAGUCCGUUUAUGGGAUGUUAAGACAGGAUACUAAAAAGCCAAAUUAGAUGGUCAUUCAAGUUAUGUAAAUUCAAUUUGUUUCUCCCCUGAUGGCAUUACAUUAGCAUCUUGUAGUGACGAUAGAUCUAUCCGUUUAUGGGAUGUUAAGACAGGAUAAUAAAAGGGCAAAUUCAAUGGCCAUUCAAAUUUUGUAAUGUCAGUCUGUUUCUCUACUGAUGGUGCUACAUUGGCAUCUAGUAGUUAUGAUAAAUCUAUCCGUUUAUGGGAUGUUAAGACAGGAUAAGAAAAAUCGAAAUUAGAAGGUCAUACGAAUUGUGUUUAUUCAAUAUCUUUCUCUCCUAACGGUACUAUAUUAGCAUCAGGUAGUUAUGAUAAGUCCAUCCGUUUAUGGGAUGUUAAGACAGGAUAGUAAAAUGUCAAAUUAGAUGGUCAUGAUAGAUGUGUUAAUUCAAUCUUUUUCUCUCCUGAUUUAACUACAUUAGCAUCUAGUUGUGUUGAUAACUCUAUCCGUUUAUGGUGUAUUAAAACAGGAUAAGAAAUCCAACCUUCAGAUAAUCGUUACAAAAUUACAAUAGCAUAAUUUUAAUCUUCAAUAAUUAAAAAUCAAAUUCUUCCAGAAAAUAGUAUUUAUUUUUCACUAUUUAGCCACAUCUAACAUAACAAUAUUACUAAUUUCUUAAAAUCCCAAUUUAGAAUCAUAAGGAGCUUUAAUCCUGAAAGGAUAAUUUGUAAAUUGCUCAGGAGCAGAUCUAAAAUCAUUAUUUAAAUCUAAAGGAAGUUUGAUAUUGGAAAACUAUAAAGAAUUGAAAUAAAAUUGAUUAUUUAUUAAAACAUAAAAUAUCAUUUAUGUCUUUUGAUCAGCUAAAAAAUUUUCAGCAUUCUCUAACAGAAAGGUUAUUUGGAAAAUUCUCUGAUUAUUUGUUGGUUUGGUCCUUCCCCUAAACACAGGUUCAACAGAAGAUAAAGUAAUAAAUAUCUGAUAAUGGAAAAAUCUUUAUUGUCGAAAUCAAUUGUUCUUUACUUUGUGACGAUAAUUGCAGUUGAAGAUAUUAUGGAAUUUACAAUGAAAUUUUAAGAGUGGGACAAUUUACAUAUUAUAAUAUAGAAUUUGGAAAUUUGCAGAAAUAUUUUACCCCCUAUUUUGCUUUCUCAUAUCAACAUCAGAUGUUCAAAGAAAUAUUAUUUACAAUUGGUUUAAUGUUAUCGGUAUAAAUAUGAAACAAAAAUAAUUACAUGUUCGGGUGGUUUUCAAGAAAAUUGUAUUAUUGAUUAUAAAUUUAUUGUUAGUCUCAAAAUAUUUUCAGUCCCCAAUCGUGCACAGGUGUUUCUAAUGCUGGGCCAUGAUUUCUAGAAGAUUUUAAUUUAAAACCCCUUAAAUGAAUGGUACUUGGGAAUAAUUCUCGCAAAUUGCACCAUUUAGAAUUUAGAACAAUGAUAAUUUGAAUAAACAUUAUAAUUAUAUAAAUAAAUUCCUUCAUGAGUGCAAUUCUUAGUACAAUACCUAAAAAAGUAUCUAAUUUGCCCAUAACAAUUUGUUCAACUUACUAAAUGGAAGUGGAAAUACUAUUUAUUGUUAUGUCUUAAACAGAAAAAUUGCUUGA